AUGAUACUCGGAAUUUUUUUUCGAUAUGCUGACAACUAUCCUGACAAAGCCAUUGUUGACAUAUUUCAAAUCAGUAGCAUAAUUAGUGAAAAAAAAAAUAAUACGGAUAUUCAAUCAUCUCAGGAUUAUAUUAAAAAUACCUUCAAUGAAAUAGAUAAGGAACUUAGCAUUCAUUGGCUUCGAAUUAUCAAACAUUAUAUUCGUGUUCCACUUGAUAAUCGUUAUGGAUCUCAUCAACUCGUACUACUUGCUACUAGUAUAUUAACAUCUGGAGGAGGACCAGUAUUGGAAUUAGGUUGUGGUUAUUUUUCUACUAUUCUUCUUCAUCAAAUAAUUGUUGUUGAACAAAAACGUUAUCUACUUUCGACAGAUACUGAUCUUAAAUGGUUAUCAAAGUUUAAAGCAAAUAUAUCUUCUUCUCUCCAUGAAUUUCGUCAUAUCAAAACAACAAAAGAAUGGGAUCAUAUUGGAACUAAUCAUCCAAGAUGGUCUGUAGCUUUUAUUGAUCAUAAACCAGGCAAAAGACGUGUUAUUGAUCUUAUUCGUUUAGCAAAUGUUACUGAUAUUGUUGUAUUACAUGAUACAGGGACUGCUGGAUAUAAGUAUGAGACCGGUCUGAUUGUAUAUCCGUAUAGAUAUCGAUACAAAUAUUUAUCAACCAAUACUGAUGUUUUAAAUAAAUACAAUGGUACACUCUUUCGCAACAUACGACUUUUGCUUGAACUUACCAUCGAAAUGCAAAUACCAAAACUUGGUUGA